AGUUCUCCUCAGAGGAAGUGAAGCGUUUGCAGCCGACGGCGUGAGCGGUGAUGUUUUCGCGUGUUUUCUCUGACACAGUCGUUUGUCCUGCGAAACAAUCCUUACUUUUUACAGAAAAACAAACGAUCCUAUUGGUUUGAUAGAAAAAUCAUGACAAAAGUGAUUCUACGUUUACAAGGUUUAACCACAGAAGCGGGAUCUGAAGACAUCCGCAGAUUUUUUCAUGGCUUACACAUCCCUGAAGGUGGCGUUCAUAUCACUGGCGGGGAGAAGGGUGAAGCUUUUAUUAUUUUUCAGUCUGAAAGACAAGCACAACUAGCCAUGCGCAACACUGGGAAAUGUCUCAUAGGCUCCUCUGUUUCUUUGCAUAUCAGUAGUUUGGAUGAAUUGAAGCAAAAAAUGCAGGCUAGCUUAAAAAAAGCAAACACCCCUGCAGUGGAAAGUAAAACUGUGCCACAUGUGUCAUUCUCACCAGAAAUCAACGAAACACUUUUGCUUAGUCUAAUGGCUGCCGUUCAAGGACAGCUUUCAAAUAACAAAGUGAAUGAAAGCCAAGCUCCUAACCAAAUGUCAGAAAACUUCAAACAGACUGUUCAAGGACCCUCACCUGCAGGCCAAACAAAUGCAGAUUUUACUGCAUCUGGAAGAGUCGCACAUGGAUUUGCAUCUACGGAGCAGGAAAGCAGUGGACAAAACAUCAGUUCCAGUAAGCCAGGAUACCUUCGGCUUUAUGGACUUCCAGACUUCGUUGCUGAACAUGAUGUCCGCCAUUUCCUACAAGGACUCUCGGUUUUGGUAAUUAUUACAAAUGUUCGCUUACCGCUGGGCUUUUGGUGCCUAGUGAAGCUGACCAGUUUAGCAGAGGCUCAAAAGGGACUCAAGUACAACCAUACAAAAUUUAAAGAAUUCGAUAUUGAGGUUAGACCUGCCCAUGAGAAGAUGUGGACAGAUGCCAUGGAGCAGUCCGGCAAAUGCAUGCACGACAUGCAAUCUCACGCUUUCUCGGACCCAAAGAAAAUCAACGUGGAUAGAAAUACGCACGGAGAUUUUUCUAGGAAAAGAAGUGUUGAGAAACAGCCUUCAUUAGGAUCUCCUAAACGCCACUGUCAAAACUCUCCUCCUCACACCGAGCUUUACGUCAUAGUCAAUAAUCUUUCAACGAAUAUAACCAAGACCGAGAUCAAGAACAUUUUCAGCUGUCCUGAAAUCCAUAACAGUCGAAUUAAACAUUUAUUGAACAAAUGGGGAGAAAGGACAAGCACUGCGUUCGUUACCUUCGAGCAUGCAGAAGAUUACGCCACGGCUCUGAACAUGAACGGGACAACCGUAGGUUUAAAGAACAUCGAAGUAUCGUCCAUUACUAGGGAGGAAAUGUUAGCUAUACUCAGUAGGAACAGAGUCAUCAAAAUCUGGAGACCACAGCCCUACAUUAAAGCUCAAGACGAUUUGUUGUGUAUAUACGCAAGGAACUUUCCUGCAAAUGUCAUGAAAAUAGAGGUGAGGGAUUUUUUCAUGCGCUUUCCGGUCUGUGAGAAUAAGAUCAGACUGCUUCUGGACAGUCAGGGCAAUGGCAUUGGAGAGGCCAUAGUGGACCUUGGAUGCGACAAAAUUGCCAGACAAGCUCAAGAAGUCCUACACGGGAUGCAUUUCAUGGGAACAAAAAUUCUGCUCACUCGCAUUUCUCGCCAACAGAUGAAGGAGAUACUUGGAACACUGUGAACAACUGGAGAUGUGAGCACCUUGAACAAAACAAUUGUGUACAAUUUAUGUAAACGAAGAACACAGAAUCACAAGUUUAUGGCUCACUGGCUGUGGAACUAGCUCUGUGAGCUUUUCAAAAAGACUUUUGUCAUAACUGUGCCAAAUAAGUUGUUUUGGCCUCAACAAUGAAAUAUGCUCAAACAAGAAUCUAAGCAGUGUGUGUAAAAAGAUUUUGAAAAUAUUGUCUGCUGGAGAAAAACAUUUUUCUACAAUUGCCAAAAGGAUGCUUUACACUUCUCAUUGGUUUAAAGUUAAUAAUGCACAUCAUGUUUGUUUUACUAAAACCUUUAAACCCAAGUCCGAUACUUCAUGCACAUGUUUUCUUCCAGCUGUACCUGCUGAAUAAACACCUCAGGCUUCAU